GCAUGCCCAACGUCCUAUAAAUACCCUUGCACCCCGUAGUCACUCCUCACCAAGGCAUUUCUCGGUGUCCAAAUAAGCGCACUAGCGAGCAAAGUUUGUUAGACAGAAACCAAGCAAGGUUUCGGUAUGGCUUUCAGGACAGCACUCCUGUGCCUUCUUGGCAUGCUGAUAGCUUCCCCUGCCAUUGCCGUUUCUGAUUCUGGUACCUACUACCAGAUUGGUUUAAUGUGGCCGGGAGCAUACUGCGCGCAGACCACCCGCGGAUGCUGCAUGCCCAAGAGCCCUGUCGUGCCGGCGGCCGACUUCUACGUAUCGGGCUUUACCGUCUUCAACGCGACGACCGACGCCCCCGAGACCAGCUGCAGCAGCACUCCUCUCAACUCCGACGAGAUUCUGGAAAUCAGCGGUCUGAGGCAGUUCUGGAGCAACAUCAAGUGCCCCAGCAACAACGGCCAGAGCAGCUGGAAGAGCGCCUGGAAGACGUCCGGCGUCUGCUCCGGCCUCGACGACAAGGCCUACUUCCAAGCCGCCAUCGCCCUCCGUAGCAAGAUCAACCCCCUCUCUCGCCUCGUCUCCAAAGGGAUCAAGCCGGACUUUGGCCUGUACAGCUUGGAGAAGAUCAAGAAGGUCAUCCAGGCGGGCACCGGCGUGACGCCGGUGAUCCAGUGCAGCGAAGGGCCGUUCGAUAAGUUCCAGCUGUACCAGAUCUUCAUCUGCGUGGCCAGGGACGCCGAAACGCUCAUCGAGUGCCCGAAACCGCAGAAGUUCACGUGCUCCGACGAGAUCCUCUUCCACCCCUUCAAGAAGUGGAUGCUAAAGCAGGCCGCGUCCUCGGUGUCCUACGCCGAAGCAUUCGAGAUGGCCGGCGCCGCCAUGGGAUACUGAGCUGCAGCUGCAGAUCGGUAGCCGGUCGGGCCCUUGACCGGUCUCGUCUUGUGAGUUGCGUUCCAGCGAAUAAUAAAUACUACUAGUAAGCAUGGAAUAAUGUUCUUGCCUUUCCGGACGUUCAUCUCGCGCGUGGUGUGAUAAUAAUGUAAUCCGAGGGUACCGCAAUGUUGAUUACCAAGUCGAUCUGUAACGCUUUCAUGAAUAAUAAUACUAAUUCAAUAGUA